CACAGGCAGAUGUCGAUGUUUUGAUGUUGUGAAAAUGUCGUCGGCGGGUUGGAGAAAGAAACAUAAUCUUAGAAGCCCAGGAUAACAAACAAACAUGAAGAAGAAGAAGUUUAAGUUUGACGUUAACUUUAAGUUAAAUCAACUAUCAAGUGUUCCGUUCGUGAGCGGCGUCCUUUUCGCCAAAAUGAGGUUACUGGAAGGUGGAAAUUUCACGAGCUUUUCAACGAGGGAGGAAGUUGGCAACCACUGCGUGAAGUGGGGAAAGGACGUAACCUUUCCGUGCAAAAUGACUGCGAAUGUCUCUACUGGAGUUUUAGAUACGUGUAGUUACAGAGUGUCCAUUCGAAAGGAAACCAAAGGGGGCAAAGCUCACAUAAAGCUUGGCUUUGUGGACAUCAACCUUGCAGAGUUUGCUGGAUCAGCUUCAUUUACUACAAAGCGAUAUAUAUUGGAGGGGUAUGAAGACAAGACUUUGCGACAGGACAACUCUAUUCUUGAGGUUGAAGUUAGCAUGCAGCUCACAUCAGGAGAUCCACUUUUUAAAGUGCCUUAUGCACCUUCACACAAUCAAAUAACUACAGAAACUGCAGAAAACAGAGCACCACCCUCUGACCAUCCUGUUGAGGACUCAACAAACAACUCAACUGCAGGGGCUGAGGCAGGGAAAUCAAUCCUCAGCAGUAGCCCAGAAAGUGCGGCAGAAAGCCAGGAUGCUGCUGGCAGUGAUCCUGACAAAGUGUCAUUCAUUCCUGGGCAUGCACGCAGCUUCAGUGAACCAGCGUGCAGCAGUAACAACAGUAGCCAUGUCAGGAGCACCAGUCAAUUGUCACGGAUAUCAGGGUACUCUACUGGUCAUUCUUUUUCAUCCAGCUUGGAGGGGAGAUCUAGUAGGAGGAAACAGAGUUCAGGAUCAGGACAUCUUGGCUUUGUGGACAUCAACCUUGCAGAGUUUGCUGGAUCAGCUUCAUUUACUACAAAGCGAUAUAUAUUGGAGGGGUAUGAAGACAAGACUUUGCGACAGGACAACUCUAUUCUUGAGGUUGAAGUUAGCAUGCAGCUCACAUCAGGAGAUCCACUUUUUAAAGUGCCUUAUGCACCUUCACACAAUCAAAUAACUACAGAAACUGCAGAAAACAGAGCACCACCCUCUGACCAUCCUGUUGAGGACUCAACAAACAACUCAACUGCAGGGGCUGAGGCAGGGAAAUCAAUCCUCAGCAGUAGCCCAGAAAGUGCGGCAGAAAGCCAGGAUGCUGCUGGCAGUGAUCCUGACAAAGUGUCAUUCAUUCCUGGGCAUGCACGCAGCUUCAGUGAACCAGCGUGCAGCAGUAACAACAGUAGCCAUGUCAGGAGCACCAGUCAAUUGUCACGGAUAUCAGGGUACUCUACUGGUCAUUCUUUUUCAUCCAGCUUGGAGGGGAGAUCUAGUAGGAGGAAACAGAGUUCAGGAUCAGGACAUGUUAAACACUCAGGCUCUGGUGACACCGCUUUUUGUGACUCUGAACAGACAUUAUCACCUCCUGCAGAAAGGCAAGGCAAAAGAAUUAGUUGGAAGAAACAAGAUGACCAAAGAUCAAGUCACAGUAGAGUUAAUGCAGAUGAUGUCAUUGAGCAAAUAUUUAGUGGACACAAUUUUUCAGGUGAUGAAAAUCCGUCAGGUGAUGAACUUCAAGGUAAUCAGCUAUCCGUGUUCUUCACAAAAGAUGGAACACUUCCUGGAGGAAUAUUUAGCAGGCCCAUUCCAGAAGACAAGUACCGGACAUUGUAAAUUUAAUAUGCCCUCUACUACAGUAAUCCAUGGACCAGGCAGUUCAUGUAUGCCUUUGCUUACAUCACUUCUCCAUAGAGUGCUUACA